CUUCCUCUUCAUCAAAAAAAAAAAAAAAUCCCUCUCAAAAAAAAAAUUUCGACGCCCGCCGCCGCAUGAUUCGCGCUCCUCGUCGCCUCCUCCCAGACUCGUCGUCGCCGCCGAUCCACCGCCGCCGCCUCCCGCUUCCGCCUCUCUUCCGCCGCCGCCUGUCGCCGCUCCAGGCCUCACUGGUCCAGGCCCUGCUGUGCACUGGCCCGAUCCGAGGCGGCCGCGGCCUCACACCGCUCGGUCUGCUCAUGGAUCCGGCCGCCGACGGCGAGGGCGGGGGCUACGAGGACGCGUCGGAGUUCGCCGACGCGGAGACGGGCGGGGGAGAGGUGGUGCGGGGGGAGGGGGAGGGGGAGAGGGAGAGGAAGGAGCUGCCCGAGGAGCUCGCCAAGGGGGUGGUGUGCCUCGAGUGCGAGACGUCGCCCGAGGCGGAGGCGGCGGGGGCGGGCGGGACCUGCCGCGUCUACGUCGUCGGCACCGCCCAUGUUUCACAGGAAUCAUGUGACCAAGUAAAAGCCGUCAUCGACUACCUGAAACCUCAGGCUGUUUUCUUGGAGCUCUGUGCCAGCAGAGUCGCCAUUCUGACACCACAAAACCUUCAGGUUCCUACCAUGAACGAAAUGAUUGACAUGUGGAAGAAAAAGAAGAUGAACACUUUUGGAAUACUCUACAGCUGGUUUCUUGCAAAGGUUGCUAGCCAACUUGAUGUGUUACCUGGGGCCGAAUUCCGAGUGGCAUUUGAGGAAGCAAUGAGUUAUGGCGGCAAAGUUAUCCUUGGAGAUCGCCCUGUCCAGAUCACUUUGAGAAGGACUUGGGGGAGAAUGUCAUUAUGGCACAGGGCAAAGUUUUUGUACUACAUUGUUUUCCAGUCCAUAUUUUUACCAAGCCCGGAGGAACUUAAUAAAAUGCUGAAGGACAUGGAGGAUGUUGACAUGCUAACACUUGUUAUUCAAGAGAUGAGUAAGGCAUUUCCUACCUUGAUGGAGACACUCCUACAUGAACGUGAUAUGUAUAUGUCCUCCAAAUUAUUGAAGGUAGCAAAGGAACAUUCCUCGGUGGUGGCAGUUGUAGGAAAAGGGCAUGUUUCUGGAAUAAAGAAAAAUUGGGAACAACCAAUCGAGAUAGAAAGUUUACUGGUAUUACCAGUGACUAAGCAAGGUGCUUCAAAGAUGAAAAUUUUGGCAUCCAUUGGAGCAUUAGGUGGUGUAGUAAUAGCAACCGGAAUCUACAUAUGGAGUAGAAAAUAACAGUGUCAAUCCAUUAAUUCUCUGUUCAUCCUGCCAUAAUGCCUAACAUUGUAUUUACCUUUUGCAAAUAAAUUUAAAUUUACAAAUAGAUGCAAUUUUCCGAUACUGAAGUCAAAACAAAUGAAAGGACAAAUAUACUGAAUUUUGAAAUUUGUCUGCUUCCAA